AUGGCAGAAGCUAUUUUUGAUGAGGAGGAACAUGAUUUUUAUCUUUCUCCAAAACAUGCUGAAUAUCCAGCUAAAGAAGGUGGAGCAUCAAGACAUUUGAUGGUUAAUAGUUCAACGAUGAGAAUUGUCGUAAAGAUAAAAUGUAGUAAUAAUAAUUUAUAUAGAAUUUCUCCCGUAUAUACAGCUUUAGAACCAGGUGAAGCACAACGUUUACAAGUUGUACGUGAUCCUGGUGAUGCAAAAAUUGAUAAACUUAUUAUUCAAUACAUGAAUUCUCCAAUUAAAUCACCUCAUGAAGCUUUUAUGAAUGCAAAACCAUCUUCAAUAAAACGUUGUAUGAUUGUGUUAAUAGCCUAUAACAAACAUCCACAAUUUACCGUACAAUCACGUAUACCACCUUCUGGAUCAAAUGUAACAAACUUUGGACAACCAAGAGAUUCAAUUUUAGGUUCCACAACAUUAAGAAAUGAUACUUUAAGAAGAAGUAAAAAAAUUUCAAUUUAUGAUAAAAAAUUACCGGGAAAGUAA